AUGCCUGACGCACAUUUUGAAAUUAUUCGUUUAGAAGAUAUUGGUAAAGAUAUUAUUAAAUCGACAUCAUCAAAAAAAUCAAAUAAUCGUUCUACAUUUAAAUUAUCUGAUGGUGAUGUUGAAAAUCUUCAACAUUACCUUCAUAGAUACAAUCAACCAUCAUCAACAUCAACAACUUCUAAGAAAGUAACUGGAGAAAUAUUAUUUCCAAAUUCAACCGAACAAUUAACUACUAGUAGUUCAAGUUCUCAUGACCACCAUUAUCAUAAUCGUCGUCAUCAUGAACAUGAUUAUUUAGAUAUUACAGAUGGUUUUUAUUCGAAUAAACUUUUUUCUGAACUUGUUAAACCAUCUGAACAUUCUCAACCAUUAAGUGAUAUUUAUCGAUAUCAUCAUCAUUAUCGACGACACCAUCACCAUACAAAACAUGCUCAUGAAAAACCAACAACGUCAAUAUUACUUGGUAACCAUCAAAUACUAUCACUUGAAUAUGCAACAUGUGGUAUGAAAAAAAAUACACGAUUACCUGUACCACAUGAAAAUUUUUCUUUAACGAACGGAUGUUUUGGAGAUGACGCUGGAUUUACAAUGCGAUAUAAUCAACAAAACUUUAUAGGAAUUUCGGAUGGUGCUGGUGGUAAUUCUAUGUAUGGCUUUGAUCCUCGUCUUUUUUCUGAAUCAUUAAUGCGCCAUUGUUCAGAUUUGGCUCAUAGUGGAAAGUAUUCAACAACUGAGCCAAAACGUCUUUUAUGCCAUGCAUUUGAUCGUGUGCAAAUUGAAAAUUGUUUUGGUAGUGCUACAGCAUGUGUGGUUGGUAUUGAUUGUGGUACAGGUCAACUUCAUUCGGUAAAUAUUGGCGAUUCAGGCUAUGUUGUUGUUCGAAACGGUUAUGUUGUCUAUCGAUCACGUUCACAAAAAAUGAAUGGCGAUUGUCCUAGACAAUUGGAUGUAUAUCCAUGGACAGCAUCAUUAAGAAGAAAAGGGCUCAAUUAUACACAAAUAUCGAGUCUUGAUGCUAUUUGUCAAAAUUUUCAAUUAGAAUUAGAUGAUAUAAUUAUUCUAUCUACUGAUGGUCUAUUUGAUAAUGUUCCUGAUCUAUUGAUUGAAAAAAUUCUUUCUAAAAAUCAUUCAUUAAAAGACGCUGCUAAUGAUUUAGUUAAUCAUGCUGUUCGUUUCUAUGUUAAACCAGAUGAUAUUCUAGUGAUUAUGGCACGAUUAACAACAAACAAUGAUAGUACUCAUAAACCAAGAUAA